AUGCAGUUUGUAUCCUGGGCCACACUGCUAACGCUCCUGGUGCGGGACCUGGCCGAGAUGGGGAGCCCAGACGCCGCCGCGGCCGUGCGCAAGGACAGGCUGCACCCGAGGCAAGUGAAAUUAUUAGAGACCCUGAGCGAAUACGAAAUCGCCUCUCCCAUCCGAGUGAACGCUCUCGGAGAACCCGUUUCCACGAACGUGCACUUCAAAAGAAGGCGACGGAGCAUUAACUCUGCCUCUGACCCCUGGCCGGCCUUUGCCUCCUCAUCCUCCGCCUCUACCUCCGACCAGGAGCAUUACCGCCUCUCUGCCUUCGGCCAGCAAUUUCUAUUUAAUCUCUCUGCCCAUUCCGGAUUUAUCGCUCCAAUGUUCACGGUCACCCUUCUCGGGACGCCCGGGGAGAAUCAGACAAAGUUUUAUUCCGAGGAGGAAGCGGAACUCAAGCACUGCUUCUACAAAGGCCAUGUCAACACCAAGUCUACCGGGUCCCAGCACACCGCGGUCAUCAGCCUCUGCUCAGGAAUGCUGGGCACAUUCCGGUCCCAUGAUGGGGAUUAUUUUAUUGAACCACUGCUGUCCAUUGAUGAACAAGAAGAUGAAGAGGAACAGAACAAACCCCACAUUAUCUAUAGGCACAGCAUCCCGCACAGAGAGCCCUCAGCAGGAAGGCAGGCGUGUGACACCUCAGAACACAAAAAUAGUCACAGUGAAGACAAGAGGAAAAUGAGGACAAGAAUAUGGGGAGCAAGGCGUAGCCUGGCGGACGAUGUGGCGGUAUUAAAAAGCAGCUUAGCAACAAAGGCGUUUUCCACCUCUGGCAACAAGACGGACAGCACAGGGGAAAAGAGGACCCACAGAAGAACAAAACGUUUUUUAUCCUACCCACGGUUUGUAGAAGUGAUGGUGGUGGCAGACAACAAAAUGGUUUUGUACCACGGAGCAAACCUUCAACACUAUAUUUUAACUUUAAUGUCAAUUGUAGCCUCUAUCUAUAAAGACCCAAGUAUUGGAAAUUUAAUUAAUAUUGUUAUUGUGAACUUAGUUGUGAUUCAUAAUGAACAGGAAGGACCUUACAUAUCUUUUAACGCCCAGACAACAUUAAGAAAUUUUUGCCUGUGGCAGCACUCCAACUAUCCAGGUGGAAUCCAGCAUGAUACUGCUGUUCUUGUAACAAGACAGGAUAUCUGCAGAGCUCAUGACAAAUGUGAUACCCUAGGUCUGGCUGAACUGGGUACCAUCUGUGAUCCCUACCGAAGCUGUUCUAUCAGUGAAGACAGUGGAUUGAGCACGGCUUUCACAAUCGCCCACGAACUGGGCCAUGUGUUUAACAUGCCUCAUGAUGACAAUAACAAGUGCAAAGAGGAAGGAGUGAAGAGUCCCCAGCAUGUCAUGGCUCCAACAUUGAACUUCUACACCAACCCCUGGAUGUGGUCAAAAUGUAGUCGGAAAUAUAUCACUGAGUUUUUAGACACUGGUUACGGCGAGUGUUUGCUUAAUGAACCUGAAGCCAGAACCUACCCUCUGCCUCCCCAGCUGCCAGGCCUCCUUUACAACGUGAAUAAACAAUGUGAAUUGAUUUUUGGACCAGGUUCUCAGGUGUGCCCAUAUAUGAUGCAGUGUAGACGGCUCUGGUGCCAUAAUGUGGAUGGAGCACACAAAGGCUGCCGGACUCAGCACACGCCCUGGGCAGACGGGACAGAGUGUGAGCCUGGAAAGCACUGCAAGUUUGGAUUUUGUGUUCCCAAAGAAAUGGAGGUCCCCGCGACUGAUGGAUCCUGGGGAAGUUGGAGUCACUUUGGAACCUGCUCAAGAACGUGUGGAGGGGGGAUCAAAACUGCCAUUCGUGAGUGCAACCGGCCAGAGCCAAAAAAUGGUGGGAAGUACUGUGUGGGACGCCGAAUGAAGUUCAAGUCCUGCAACACAGAGCCAUGCCUCAAGCAGAAGCGAGACUUCCGAGAGGAACAGUGUGCUCAGUUUGAUGGCAAGCAUUUUAACAUCAACGGUCUGCUUCCCACUGUGCGCUGGGUCCCUAAGUACAGCGGAAUUUUGAUGAAGGAUCGUUGCAAGUUGUUCUGCAGGGUGGCGGGUAACACAGCCUACUAUCAGCUCCGAGACCGAGUGAUAGAUGGAACCCCAUGUGGCCAAGACACCAGCGAUAUCUGUGUCCAAGGCCUUUGCCGGCAAGCUGGAUGUGAUCAUGUUUUAAAUUCAAAAGCCCGGAGAGAUAAAUGUGGAGUUUGUGGUGGUGAUAAUUCUUCGUGCAAAACAGUGGCUGGAACAUUUAACACAGUGCAUUAUGGUUACAAUACUGUGGUCCGAAUCCCAGCUGGUGCUACGAAUAUCGAUGUGCGGCAGCACAGUUUCUCAGGGAAAUCCGAGGAUGAUAACUACUUAGCUUUAUCAAGCAGUAAAGGUGAAUUCUUGCUAAAUGGAGACUUCGUGGUCACAAUGUCUAAAAGGGAAAUCCGCAUUGGGAACGCUGUGAUAGAGUAUAGCGGGUCCGAUAAUGUCGUGGAAAGAAUUAACUCCACAGACCGCAUUGACCAAGAACUUUUGCUGCAGGUGCUGUCGGUGGGAAAGUUAUACAACCCUGACGUGCGCUAUUCUUUCAAUAUUCCAAUUGAAGACAGACCCCAGCAAUUUUACUGGAACAGUCAUGGGCCCUGGCAAGCAUGCAGCAAACCCUGCCAAGGGGAGCGGAAGCGCAAACCCGUUUGCACCCGGGAAUCUGAUCAGCUUACGGUUUCUGAUCAAAGAUGUGACCGGCUGCCACAGCCUGGACCCAUUACUGAACCUUGUGGCACAGACUGUGACCUGAGGUGGCACGUUGCCAGCAGGAGUGAAUGUAGUGCCCAAUGUGGCUUGGGUUACCGUACACUCGACAUCUACUGUGCUAAAUACAGCAGACUAGAUGGGAAGACCGAGAAGGUUGAUGACAGUUUUUGCAACAGUCAACCCAAACCAAGAAACCAGGAAAAAUGCUCAGGAGAAUGUAACAUGGGCGGCUGGCGCUAUUCUGCAUGGACUGAAUGUUCCAAAAGCUGUGAAGGUGGAACCCAGAGAAGAAGGGCUAUUUGCGUCAACACCCGCAAUGAUGUCCUGGACGAUAGCAAAUGCGCACAUCAAGAGAAAGUCACCAUUCAGAGAUGCAAUGAGUUCUCUUGUCCGCAGUGGAAGUCAGCAGACUGGUCAGAGUGCCUGGUCACCUGCGGAAAAGGGCAUAAGCACCGCCAGGUCUGGUGUCAGUUUGGUGAAGAUCGAUUAAACGAUAGAAGCUGUGACCCUGAGACCAAGCCAGCCUCCAUACUGACUUGUCAGCAGCCUGAAUGUGCGUCCUGGCAGGCGGGUCCCUGGGGACAGUGCAGUGUUACCUGUGGACAAGGAUACCAGCUGCGGGCAGUGAAGUGCAUCAUUGGGGCUUACAUGUCAGUGGUUGAUGACAAUGACUGCAAUGCUGCCACUAGACCAACUGAUACCCAGGACUGUGAAUUACCAUCCUGUCACCCUCCCCCAGCUGCCCCGGAAGGAAGAAGAAGCAUGCACAGUGUAUCACGAACCCAGUGGCGAUUUGGGUCUUGGACACCAUGCUCAGCCACUUGUGGGAAAGGUACUCGGAUGAGAUACGUCAGCUGUCGGGAUGAAGACGGCUCUGUGGCUGACGAGAGUGCCUGCGUGACCCUGCCCAGACCAGUGGCAAAGGAAGACUGUUCUGUGACCCCCUGUGGGCAGUGGAAGGCUUUGGACUGGAGCCCUUGCUCUGUGACAUGUGGGCAAGGCAGAGCGACGCGGCAAGUGGUGUGUGUCAACUACAGUGACCACGUGAUUGAUCAGAGUGAGUGCGACCCAGACUACAUCCCAGAAACUGACCAGGACUGUUCCGCCUCACCGUGCCCUCAGCGGACCCCAGACAGCGGUCUCGCUCAGCACCCCUACCAAACUGAGGAUUUCCACCCCCGAGGCGCCGGCCCCAGCCGCACCCAUGUGCUUGGUGGAAACCAGUGGAGGACUGGCCCCUGGGGAGCAUGUUCCAGUACCUGCGCCGGUGGCUCCCAGCGGCGUGUUGUUGUGUGUCAGGACGAAAAUGGAUACCCUGCGAACGACUGCGUGGAGAGAAUAAAACCCGAUGAGCAAAGAGCCUGUGAAUCUGGCCCUUGUCCUCAGUGGGCUUAUGGAAACUGGGGAGAGUGCACGAAGCUGUGUGGCGGGGGCUUGCGCACCAGACUGGUGGUCUGUCAGAGGCCCAGCGGUGAGCGGUUUCCAGAUCUGAGCUGUGAGAUCCUCGACAAGCCUCCAGACCGCGAGCAGUGUAACACGCACGCUUGUCCGCAAGACGCUGCCUGGAAUCCCGGCCCCUGGAGUGCGUGUUCUGUCUCUUGUGGUCGAGGGCAUAAACAACGAAAAGUUUACUGCUUGGCAAAAGAUGGAAGCCAUUUAGAAAGUGAUUACUGUAAACACCUUGCUAAGCCAAAUGAGCACAGAAAGUGCAGAGGAGGAAGAUGCCCCAAAUGGAAAGCUGGCGCCUGGAGUCAGUGCUCUGUGUCCUGUGGCCAAGGCACACGGCGGAGAAGUGUGAGCUGUCAGAUGGGAACACACAAAACAGCCAGAGAGACCGAGUGCAACCCGUACACCAGACCGGAGUCGGAAGAAGCCUGCCAAGCCGCACAGUGUCCUCUCUAUGCCUGGAGGGCAGAGGAAUGGCAAGAAUGCACCAAGACGUGCGGCGAGGGCUCCCGCUACCGCAAGGUGGUGUGUGUGGAUGUGGACAAAGGCAGUGAGGUUCAUGGCAUACACUGUGACGUGAGCACACGGCCGGCCGACCAAGAGAGCUGUAGUUUGCAACCCUGCGAGUAUGUCUGGAUCACAGGAGAAUGGUCAGAGUGCUCAGUGACCUGUGGAAAGGGCUACAGACAAAGGCUCGUCUCCUGUAGCGAGAUUUACACCGGGAAGGAGAAUUAUGAGUACAGCUACCAAACGGCCGUCAACUGCCCGGGCACGCCGCCCCCCAGCGUCCAUCCAUGCUACCUGAGGGAGUGCCCCGUCUUGGCCACCUGGAGGGUCGGCAACUGGGGCAGCUGCUCAGUGUCCUGUGGCGUGGGAGUGACACACCGAUCGGUGCAGUGUUUGACCAACGAGGACCGGCCCAGCCACUUGUGCCCUGCUGACCUGAAGCCAGAAGAAAGGAAAACCUGUCACAAUAUCUAUAACUGUGAGUUACCCCAGGACUGCAAGGAGGUAAAGAGGUUGCAAGGCACCACUGAAGAUGGUGAAUAUUUCCUGCUUGUCAAAGGAAAGCUCCUGAAGAUAUUCUGUGCAGGGAUGCAGUCUGACCACCCCAAAGAGUACAUAACCCUGGUCCAUGGUGACUCAGAAAACUUCUCCGAGGUAUACGGGCACAGGUUGCACAACCCAACGGAAUGUCCCUACAACGGGAGCCGGCGGGACGACUGCCAGUGUCGGAAGGACUACACCGCCGCGGGGUUUUCCAGCUUCCAGAAGAUCAGAGUGGACCUGGCCACGAUGCAGAUAAUAACCACCGACUUACAGUUUGCCAGGACAAGUGAAGGACACCCGGUCCCUUAUGCCACAGCUGGGGACUGCUACAGUGCCGCCAAGUGCCCACAGGGUCGUUUCAGCAUCAACCUUUACGGAACCGGCCUGUCUUUAACUGAAUCUGCCAGGUGGAUAUCACAAGGGAAUUACGCUGUCUCCGACAUUAAGAAGUCCCCGGACGGUACCCGAGUCAUAGGAAAAUGCGGUGGCUACUGUGGAAAAUGUACUCCGUCCUCUGGCACUGGCCUGGAGGUUCGAAUUUUAUAGUCAAGGUGCUCUGAAGAGGAAGCCAUUAUGGGAUAGAUGAAGGAUAGUAAUGCAAUACCUCCACCUGAAAUGUGUGCGCGUGUGGGUGCGUGAGGCCUUGUGUGAG